AAUCUUGGAAUCUCAAUCUGUGAUGCUCAUAGGUGUGCUGGCAUUAGGAUAGAGAUCUGUCCUCAAACUGUGUUUUCCCAGAAAAUGACACCCUGCAGCUAGCCUCAGACAAUCACAAUCACUUUACAAUUUCAGAGAAAAAAAAUAGAAGUUGAAAUUGGUAAUCUUGAUGAAAAUCAACAAAAUACAGAUCGAAAGGGAGCACUGAGAGAUGAAAGGAGUCAACCAUGCAUGAGUCACCAGACAAUGCAGCAAAUGCUUCUGAUUUCCCGGACUAUACAGUUACUUUCGAAAAUUGCACUGAUGAAAAAAUCCCACUCAAGAUGCACUACCUCCCUGUUAUCUACGGCAUCAUCUUCCUCGUAGGCUUUCCAGGUAAUGCAGUAGCAAUUUCCACUUACAUUUUCAAAAUGCGACCCUGGAAAAGCAGCACCAUCAUUAUGCUGAACCUUGCCUGCACAGAUCUGCUGUAUCUCACCAGCCUCCCCUUCCUGAUUCACUACUACGCCAGCGGCGAAAAUUGGAUCUUUGGGGAUUUCAUGUGCAAGUUUAUCCGCUUCGGCUUCCAUUUCAACUUGUACAGCAGCAUCCUCUUCCUUACCUGUUUCAGCAUCUUCCGCUACUGUGUGAUCAUUCACCCGAUGAGCUGCUUUUCCAUUCACAAAACUCGAUGGGCGGUGGUAGCCUGUGCUGUGGUGUGGAUCAUUUCACUGGUGGCUGUCAUCCCCAUGACCUUCCUGAUCACAUCAACCACCAGGACCAAUAGAUCUGCCUGUCUUGACCUCACCAGUUCGGAUGACCUCACUACGAUUAAAUGGUACAAUCUAAUUUUGACUGCCACCACUUUCUGCCUCCCCUUGGUGAUAGUGACACUUUGCUAUACAACGAUCAUCUACACCCUCACCCAAGGGCCUCAGACUCGCAGCUGCCUUAAGCAGAAAGCUCGAAGGCUAACCAUUCUGCUACUCCUAGUAUUUUACAUUUGCUUUUUACCCUUCCAUAUCUUGAGGGUCAUUCGGAUUGAAUCUCGCCUGCUUUCAAUCAGCUGCUCCAUCGAGAAUCACAUCCAUGAAGCUUACAUCGUUUCCAGACCAUUAGCUGCCCUGAACACCUUUGGUAACCUGCUACUGUAUGUGGUGGUCAGCGACAACUUCCAGCAGGCCGUCUGUUCAAUAGGGAGAUGCAAAGCAACUGGGGACCUCGAGCAAGCAAAAAAAAUCAGUUACUCAAACAACCCUUGAGAUACUGCAUUUACUCGACCAAAAAUAAGAGGCUGCUGAUACUUUACCUAUCACUCCUAAGAAGUCCAUAACAUCUCCCUCCAUGGAACUCCUAGUAAAUACUGUGUAUUCAGGUAAUUAUGUGCCAAAACCAGGACAGGGCUAUUAGGAGUUCUUUGCAAUCCGUUUAUUGAGAUCCUCCCUUGGGUAUAAGGAUGGAAUGCAUGCCUGUCAGUAAAGUAUUCAU